AUGAGUCCUCUGAAGCCUUCAUCGGAGAAGCCUUCGAGUAAAUCUGUACUGCGUCUGUGGAAGCAAAAUGUCGAGGGCCAGCAGUCUUCUGCCACCGCAUCCCGGUCAUCUGAGGCAACCCCUAUGCCUGCGUCCAGAACUACGUCUGUGGACCCAAAAACAUCCAUUCCAUGGAGUGGACCAACUCUUGAGCAGAAGAAGUCGGCCAACUCAUUGAUAGAUUUCAAUGGACCGUUCGAAACCUCGGGCGACAGCGAGAAGACACCCGCAACCCAGCAACCGCAGAGGCCGGUCUUCCCAGAUCCGAAUUCGCCGACACUGAAAGCAUUCAAAACAGAACCCCCCCGCGAUGGACCCGGCUUCCAUGGCCGGCCUACUCCUGAGCCAAAUCCCGACGCUUCAAACCGCCCCCAUGUUUGGAUACGCCCGCAACGUCUGCCUGUUGACGAGUCUCAGGAAACUAUAGAGACCUACAAGAAAUCGUUCAGUCUCAACCAAGAAACCCGCUUGACCCUUCUUUCUCGUACGCAUCGCUAUCCCGAUUACGGCCGCGACGAAGAAGCUGCCCGGCGCAAGGCCGAAUUCGAACGGCAGACGGGCGAGACCAUGUCCGACGCAGACUACUACUCCCUCUUUGACCAGACGACAGCCACGGAUGGCAUGAUUUCCUCGCUCAUGGAGUUCAUGGAGGGGCGGGAGUACGUGAAAGCACCCUACGUCAACCGCAUCAUCCACCAGCUCUUGAAGAUGAUGUACCAAUCCGCCCGAGAGGAGAGUCGGCUCAGAGACAGGAGAAAGCGGGAGUGCGACUUGUUGAAACGCAGGCUUGAGGACUGCGAGAAAAGGUGUGGUGGCAAGACCAAGCCUGUCAGCCUCGACACGAGCGGCGACAGGGAGAAGACGCUGAGACUUAUAAAGGAGAUGUGGGACCGCAUGGACGGCGUCAUGGACAAAGAAGAAGAUUGCAUCCGAGAUCACAACCAUAAGUGGAGGAACCGCGAGGAAACACUGCGGCGAAACGACGCCAGCUUUCGGGAAUGGCGCGCCUUGGACGAACGGUUCAGAUCUCUUUGGGACGAGCGCCAGCAUCUCGAAGAGCUCAUUGCAAGCAGAAACGGGUACCUCGUCGAGGAUCUGGGCCGGCUAAAGGACGUCGACGACCAACUACAGCACAUGCGCAGGGACUUUGGCACCUGGCUGGAGUACAGGACCAAUAUGUUGAUCGACUGGAUUAAGCCCAUUGGAGAGGAUGAUAUAGACGGCAGUGUUGCAAAGUUGCGAGACAUCCACAGGGGGCUGCACAUAGAGGUCGCGUUGCUGAACACUGACAUGGGCAGACUGAAGCGCAUCGCCGACUUCCAGCGCGAGGCACGUGAGGUGCAAGCCAGAUCGAUGGUCGACGCUACCGCCGAUUCACGACAACCGACCCUCCCACAGGUGAGCACCGACGGCAGUCAACCAGAAGACAUCCAGCAUGUGGAGCCCGCGGCACAUCCAUGCAGCGGAUGCCGCUCACGCGACGACCAGCUUCGGGAGAAGGACAGAAUGCUGAAGGAGAGGACGAAGCUCUUGAAGCUUGGCGUCUAUAAACAAAGUGCCGCAGAAAAUCAGAGGGACAAGCUUAAAGAAGCCCUCGAACAGGUCUAUAGCAACAGGGUUCAGGAUGCGUUGAACACCAUUGGCAGUUACAGGACCCUCGUCAUCGACGAAAUGGAGUGGGAGAUGGACUAUCUCAACCGGUUGCUGCAUGCCCAAGUUGGUCGGACCAAGGAGCAAGCGGACUUGUUUCAAGGCACUGUCGACUCCCUCCGCGACAAAGACCCGUCGAACCCCGUUCUGCAGGAGCUCGAAGACAUGCAUAACUCGGUCCAGCGACUGGCUGAUACCACUGAGGCUACACAACGAAGCUUUGGUCAGCAGCUUGAUCGUAUGGUUUCCAACCGAGCGACUCAUUUGGAUCAAGCCGCUGAACCAGAUGAACAGGACCAGAUCGCCAGAGACGGUCUGGUCACGACUUUGAAAAGCCAGGUUGACGAACUCACGCGAAGAAUUCGGAAGAUGUCGGAGAAGAAGGCACAUGAGAACCUCAAGGUUGUGGAUAAGGUGCGUCAAGACAUGGAACGCAAGAUUUCGGAUCUCCAAGAUCGCGUUGCAAGGUACAAGGAAGAUCUCCAGCAGCAGCGAAAGGGGAUUCAAGCAGACCUGGAUUCUACUGUUUUCCGGGAUCAGCGGAGCACGUCCCAGCUAUUCGCGAAGGAUGCGGAGCUCGAAGAAAGGGAGGAAGAGUGCCGACGCAUCGAGGGGACUGCGAGAACAUUGCAGGCCGAACUUGACAAACUCAAGGCAGCUUACGGUGAAAUCGAAGAGCUCAACGAAGACUUGGAGGGAAAAGUCUGGGCUUUGCAGAUUCACCUGGAGGAACGAAACGAAACCGACCGGUGGUCUUUGUGGGACGGCACCGAAAUCGAAGUCACAGGAAACGACGAUCCCGACUAUCGGCGACAAGCCAAUAUCAACAAGCUGCAAAGGGACCUCGUUACAGCAAUUGCAAAGGGCAUGAACGAGGCAGAGAAGAAUACGAGCAAGAGCUCCAGAUCUGCGUCCGCAAAAUUCACCAAGUUUUUUGAGUCGACGGUUCGCAAGCUGGAUAAGAAGAAGGCGGACGAGACCAGCACGACCAGCUCGAUCCACGAAACGGAGAAAAACAUCGAGGCUUUCUGGAGAAUGGUUGAUUUCCAGAGGAGAAGGGCAGAAGUUGUGUCGUUGAUCAGAAGCAGCAGGAUCCAGCAAGCCAAGGACAGGCUCGGCGAACUGGUGCGUUCUAUUGAGCACUAUACGGACUAUUGGCCUGACAAGCAACAUGAAUACGAGGCCUUUCGAUCGAUGCACUAUCUCCAGGCGUACGUCAAUGUGGCAUUGACCACGAUUCAAGUGAGUAUGGGCGAAAACUAUUCGAUGAUUGCGCGGGAGUCGAUGGCGACUGCUCGGGGUGAGUUCCUGAAAGCAGAGACUUACGUGGCCAAGUUGAAAGAACGACCAGGCGCAGGCGGAGCAUGGCAAGCCAUGGGGAGGUAUCUGCAAAUCCAGACGCAGAGAUCUGUGGAGGAGCUUCAACAGUGUGACUGCAAGUACAAGACAAGACCUUGCCUACAGCAUAGCCGCGAUGGCUCAGCGGCGUACUAUGACUUCAUGCAAGCGCCUGACGACCAGGCCGAGAUGGAGUUGCCACGAUCUGUGCAGAACACGCUGGAGCCGUACGGCCGCUCUGCAAGCAACUACACGAUGGAUCCAAGAAGGCACGGAUGA